ACAGGCUCUGCUUAUCAUUCCGUCGCGAUACUCGAUAAUACUCGUUCAUCCACAUCUUCAAUAUUGUUGCUACCGGUAGUAUUUUUAAGAAUAAAGCAAAGCAUCAUGGCAACCACGCGUCUCGGCCAAGUCCUGUUCGCCAAGAGUCUGCAAAUUGGUCAUAAACCACAAUAUUUCACCAACAAUGUGAAGUUCUAUUGUUGUCAGGUCCAGAACUAUGAGUACGUCAAGGUCGAAACCACAGGCGAAAAAAAGAACGUAGCUUUGGUGACUUUGAACAGGCCAAAAGCUCUGAACGCCCUAUGUGAUAAAUUAAUGACGGAAUUAAAUGAUGCCGUGUUGAAAUUGGACCAAAACGAGAAUAUUGGAGCCAUUGUUGUUACUGGCAGCGAGAAAGCCUUUGCAGCUGGUGCUGAUAUCAAAGAGAUGCAAAAUAACACUUAUUCUCAGACAAUCAGAGGUAACUUCUUAACAAGUUGGGAUGGUGUCUCUAAACUCUCAAAACCAGUUAUUGCUGCUGUGAAUGGUUAUGCUCUAGGAGGAGGCUGUGAGUUAGCAAUGAUGUGCGACAUCAUCUAUGCUGGUGAGAAGGCCAGGUUUGGCCAGCCAGAGAUUGCCAUUGGCACCAUUCCUGGUGCUGGAGGUACUCAAAGACUGACCAGAGUUGUUGGCAAGAGCAAAGCCAUGGAAAUGGUACUCACAGGCAACCAGAUCACUGCUGAGGAGGCUGAGAAGAGUGGUUUGGUCAGCAAAGUCUUUCCAGCAGAUAAAUUGGUAGCAGAAGCGGUUAAAUUGGGAGAAAAAAUUGCCUCACACUCCCAGUUGGUUGUUGCCAUGGCUAAAGAAUCUGUCAACACUGCUUAUGAGACUACCUUGAAGGAGGGUCUCCACUUUGAGAAAAGGAUGUUCCAUGGCACUUUUGCUACUGCUGACAGGAAGGAGGGAAUGACAGCAUUCGUUGAGAAAAGACCACCCAAGUUUACAAACCAAUGAGUAGACAAAAUGCCUAAUUAAGACUCCAUUAUUGGAGUGACAAUACUCCGUGUAAUUGAAGAUACUUAUUUUUCUACCAGAUUGUAUACAGUUGCAUUUUAUUAUGGUCAAUAAUAGACGAUUUUUUUGUUUAAAAAAGAAAAAAAUAGAAGAAUGAAUG